UGUUGGGGUCGAUUGGGGAAGCGCGUGCGUCCAGCCAGAAGACACAUUAUGCUGUCAGUUUGUUCCCGAGGGUGAUGUGGAGGCAGUCAUCGUGACCGGAGGAUGGAGAAGCACGGGGGCGCAGAGCGACGCAGAAGUGUGUUUUGUUCAUUGCACAGCUGCCAGCGAGCUGUCAAGUCUCUGCUUCCUCCCCAUCACAAUGGAGGCGGGAAGCACCUUUUCAUAUGCGAUGGUCCUCACAGCAGCAGGGAAGAAUCACAUUUUAAAUGAUCUGUAUAUUCUCAUAAUGAAUCACUUGUGUUGCAUCAAACAGCUGUUGUCUGUGGAAGGAUGUAGUGACACAACGUGUACCUGAGCAGAGGAUGGAGUCGCUCUCCCUCUGCUUGCAUAGUUUGCUCAACCGGCGACAUGUUGAGAGCCGUUUAGAGACAAUCGAAAGGCCCUCGGAUCUCGCACAUGCGCCGCAUACCUCACUACCGCCUCGCGCACUUACUAAUACAAACACUACAGUAACUAUGACGUGUCUCAAUUGGAGCUUGAGCGAGGAAUCCGCCUUCAGCUUCAGGAUCGUGUCUAUGGAGGCCGCCGAUUAUGAAAUGGUUGUAGUGACGAAGCCAGGUACCGUAGGGGUCACGGGGUCAGGCUGGCCCCGCCAAACUGUAGAGAGAGCAGGCUGUUGGCAUAAUCAGCUCAGAUGACUGUCUUGUGUCUUGUCUAGCCAUGUGUGCAGAGUCUCUUCCCCUUUUUUGACAGAGGUUUUGUGCUAUGUAAAGAUGAAACUGAAAGAUCCGACUUUCUUUGGGUAAGCCACAGCUCAUUGGCCACAGCAGGAUUCAUAAAGUCCUAUUAGUAGGGAUUUGUUCCUCUUUUUUUAACAUUGAGUUAUUUAUUCCUGUAUGUGCUGACAAGGCCUUGAGCUGAGGUUCUUCCACGAAUUGGAAGUCACUUGAAACCGGCUGGAACGCAAAUACCACUUUUUGGACCUUGUGUAAACAACAGUGAGAUCUUGUAAACAGUCUAGCGCCGCAAACUAUGACAAAUGGCCCUCCUGGUCGAGAUCGGCCUAGUUGCAGCAAAGCAAGCAUGUGAUCAGUCGAAAUAUCUCACAUUUUGUUACAGACGCCUUGAUUAGCUUUAACACGAUGCGAUACCAGGGUCAUGUGUUGUCUACUGUGACAAAAACGCGUGUGUGUGUGUGUGUCAACACAAGAUCUACAAGUAGGACACACAUGAUAUGAACAUCUGUUCUGGUAUCUUUCUGCAGAUUGCAUCCAACUGAACAUUCUUUUAACACCAGUUUUUAGUUAAUAAGCUGUAUGGCUCUUGCGGAGGUGAAAUCAGACACGACUUAAAGGAGUAGUCUGUUGGAUUUGAGGGUAUAGUCUACUGACUGAAAUGGGAUAUAAUAUUCAUAAACAUCUUUUCAUUCGCGUAUAAUCGCCUGAAAACUAAGAAUCGGCGUGUUUUUGUGUUCGCUCAGAGUGAGACAUUUCUGUCUACGUAUUGGGGCGGUGUAUAUGUUGCUCCGCCCAGUCUACGUAGCCCAGAAGGAACCAACCCAACCCAUGGCUCUAUCCCGAGAGCCCAGUGCCUUUUUUAUUAAGUUGCCAGAAGGCCACCCUACAGCCCUCCGACACGGGUCGGCAGAGUGGGUAUUCAGUCGGCUGCAAUCUGCAACCUCACCACUAGCUGCUACUUCUUAAAAAAUGACAUGAAUUUAUUACAUAAAAUUUAACAAAUGAUUUUUUCCAAAACGACUUACAAUCAUGUUACAUUCACAUAGCUACAGAGAGCUUAAGUUUGUUGCUCAAGGGCACAUCGACUAGGGCGGGGAUUGAACCGCCAACCCUCUGAUUGAAGGACAGACCUGCUAACAACUGGCACACAGUCACCCUAAUUGACCAGUUUGUCUGCCUUUUCUGGUUUGUGUCGUAUAAACAGUCCACUGAUAGGCCUAUGUACUUAACUCCUACUUAUAGCAGAGUCAUUAAUCUUUUAGUUCUUUGUGUAGUCAACCGUUGCCAGUGUGGAAAAAAAGUCAUGACGUCUCCUUUUAUUGACAUAUGCGUCUUAAGUUAAACUCCUCCACAGAAAUGGCCUCGGGGUAGGGGGGAGUGGGGGGUUCGGAUGUAAACUGAUGAGGUGCGAAGUCAGGUGUCUUCUGCGCGAGACACGUGUACAGGUGUAGAAAAAAAGGAGCAGCCGCAUCAGCAGCCAGGUGGAAUCACUCAGGUGUUACCGGAAUGCGGAGAGAAGAGAGAGGCUCCCACUAACUAACCCUCUAUGCUGGGGACGGAUAUAAAGUGUUUAGUGACGGCCUUAAGUUGACGGUAGUGCGGCCGGGUCGCAGAGCGGACUCCCCUCACCCAGUCCGACAGACCGCCUCCUCAGUCCUGACUCGUACAUGGACGUCCAGGGCUAUAAGUGGGUGCGCUGGCGGGUGUGGUUGUGUCGUCUGGCCGCCGCGCUGUCCUUGGGCCUCCUCCUGGUUGUGUUUCACUGGCGCCCGCGCUUCGCCGUCCUCGCCCGCUGCUGCUCUUGCCCUCUGGCAUUGGCGGAUAUUCUGCUAAUAAGAGACAGCUUUGCCCAGCAUCAUGUGGUGGAGGUUUUCACGGAGGAGGUGGAGGACGGCAGUUUGGAGUUAAUCGGCGAGCUGGAGGACAAUGAAUGCAGGGAUACGGUUCAGCUGCACACGGCGGAGAAAAAUCUGCUGCGCUACUACCUGUUUGAGGGACUGCGCUACAUCUGGCUGGCCAGGAAAGGAGCUUUCUGUCGUGUCAGUGUCCUCAAUGAAAACUGGACCUGCAACGACCUGUAUGGUUUCCAAAAGGGCCUGAGUCCCCUGGAGCAGAGCUUGAGGAGACGCAUGUAUGGGCCCAACCUUAUUGACGUGCCUGUGAAGCCUUACGCAAAGCUGCUGUUUGAGGAGGUCCUCAACCCGUUCUAUGUGUUCCAAGUGUUCAGCAUCGCCCUGUGGAUGGCCGAUGACUAUUAUUUUUACGCCGUGUGCAUUUUUAUUAUCUCCGUUUUCUCCAUCGGCCUCUCGCUUUAUGAGAUCCGCAAGCAAAGCGUCACUCUUCGCAACAUGGCCCAGUUUGUCACAAACGUCACGGUACGGAGGAUCUCGGGAGCGGAGGAGUACGUGAGCUCGGAGGAGCUGGUCCCCGGCGACUGCCUCGUCAUCCCUCCAGAGGGUCUGCUGCUGCCCUGUGAUGCCGCCCUGCUGGCCGGGGAGUGUCUGGUCAACGAGAGCAUGCUGACAGGUGAAAGUGUCCCGGUGCUGAAGACGCCCCUGCCGGCCGGUGAGGGCCGGUACAGCUCGGAGACGGAGCAGCGCAGGCACACCCUCUUCUGUGGCACCCAGCUCAUUCAGGCCAAAGGGUGCAGCGGCGCUGUCGCCGUGGUGACGAGCACCGGGUUCUUCACAGCUAAAGGCAGCCUGGUGAGCUCCAUUAUGCAUCCUCAGCCAAUCGACUUCCGCUUCUACCGAGACUCCGGCAAGUUCCUGCUCAUCCUGGGUUUGGUUGCUUUUUUUGGCACCAUAUACAGCAUUGUAAUCCUCUACCUAUCCAACGUGACGUGGCUGAGCUUGGUGAUUCGGAGCCUGGACGUCGUGACCAUCGCCGUGCCUCCUGCCUUGCCUGCCGCCAUCACCACGGGCACCAUCUACGCCCAGCGGCGGCUGAAGAGCCAGGGCAUCUUCUGCAUCAGUCCGCCGCGCAUCAACAUCUGCGGAAAGGUCUCCGUCUUCUGCUUCGACAAGACAGGGACUCUGACGGAGGACGGUCUGGACGUGUGGGGGGUGAUGGAGGGGGGAUCCGCCGGGUUCUCCGAGCUGGUCCCGGACCCCGGACGCCUGCGCUCGGGGCCCAUGCUCUCGGGCCUGGCCUGCUGCCACACCGUGACGCUGCUGCAAGGACAGCCCCUCGGAGACCCUCUGGAGCUCAAGAUGGUGGAGUCCACUGGUUGGACCCUGCAGGAGCCGGAGGGGGAUGGGAAGGUGCUGGAUGCAGAGUUCGGAGGCCACAGAGUUUUGGCUGUUCUGAAGCCUCCGACUCGAGGGACUUCCACCAGCGAGCCGGUGGCCAUUGUCCGGAGGUUUCCGUUCUCCUCGGCCCUGCAGAGGAUGAGUGUGGUGACGGUGGCCCGCGGGGGACACUCGGCACUCGCUUUCAUCAAAGGAUCCCCGGAGAUGGUGGCAAGCCUCUGCCGAGCAGAAACUGUGCCAGCUCAGUUCUCCAGUGUACUGGGCGGCUUCUCCAGUGAAGGCCUGCGAGUCCUCGCGCUCGGCUAUAAACCAGUAGACGGGAGCACUGACUUGAGGGCCAUUGAACGAGGGGAGGUGGAGAAGGACAUGCGGUUCCUGGGCUUGCUGAUCAUGAAGAAUCUGGUAAAGCCAGAGAGCGCCGAGGUUAUUAAUAUCCUGAAACUGGCAAACCUCCGCAGCGUCAUGGUCACCGGGGACAACAUCUUAACAGCAAUCAACGUAGCCAAAGGCUGCGGGAUGGUGGAUUUCAACGAGACGGUGAUAUUCGUCAAUGUGACCCCCCACACUGCCCAGUCCGUGCCCAGCCUGAAGUUCAGCCUGGAUGAAGGAGGGGCCAAUGACGACCACACCCCCGUUCACACUCGGGGUGGUUUUAACUAUCACUUGGCUAUUAAUGGCAAGUCCUUCGCUGCCCUCUGUAAUCACUUCCCUGAGUAUUUGCCAAAGGUCUUGCUGCGAGCCACCGUGUUUGCGCGCAUGGCUCCCGACCAGAAAACCCAGCUGGUGAAGGAGCUGCAGAAACUGAACUACCGGGUGGGCAUGUGCGGGGACGGGGCCAAUGACUGCGGGGCCCUGAGGGCCGCUGACGUCGGGGUUUCCCUGUCCGAAGCCGAGGCGUCGGUCGCGUCGCCGUUCACGUCCAAGACGGAAAACAUCAGCUGUGUGCCGCUGCUCAUCAGAGAGGGUCGGUGUUCUCUGAUCACCUCCUUCAGCCUCUUCAGGUACAUGGCUCUGUACAGCUUCAUCCAGUUCUGCUCCGUCCUCCUCCUCUACACCGUGAAGACGAACAUCGGUGACCUGCAGUUCCUGUACUGCGACUUGGUCUUGACCACGUUGCUGGCCAUCGUGAUGGGGGGGGGAGGCCCCGGCAAGGAGCUGCACCCCUGCAGGCCCUCGGCCAGCCUGCUGGCCCUGCCGGUUCUGGGCAGCCUCCUCAUCCACGCCAGCUUCAUUGUUCUGGGCCAGCUGGCCGCGUUCUUCAUCACCACCUCGCAGGACUGGUACGUUCCCCUCAACUCGACGGUGUUUGGCGCCGCCAAUCUGCCCAACAUGGAGAACACCAGCGUGUUCUCACUGUCCGCUUUCCAGUUCAUCAUCAUGGCCGUGGUGGUCACCAAGGGCUACCCACACAAGAAACCUCUCUUCUACAACUGGAUCUUCCUCUGUGUGCUGCUCGUCCUCUUCGCCGUGACGUCCUGGCUGGUGUUGUAUCCCGGGUCCGUCGCCGCCCGUAUCUUACGACUGCACGACUUCUUCGACAUGGACUUUAAAAUGCUGCUCGUCGCCUUAGCCGCUCUCAACUUCCUCAUGUCUUUUGUCGCGGAGGUGCUAGUUGACCGGGGUCUCCUGAACUGCUUUCGGAUGCUGCGUGGGAGGCGCCAGUCCAAGAAACAGUACAAGCGCCUCAAUGUCCUCCUGUCUGAAUCCCCAUCAUGGCCGCCCCUCGAUCAGACCCUGGCCCCCACAGACUACUCCGUCAUCCAGUGCAGCUAACAACCGCUCGCCUCUGUCGGGCAUUAGCCGGAAAAGUGCCACCUGAGCUAUAUCCACUUUUUAGGUUUUUUUUUAUUUUUUAAAUCGACAAUGUAGUCAUGUUUACCUUCAAUAAUAAAAUAUAUUUUUAUGUAAACUUUCA